GGUCGUUUUUCACCUCCGACUAGUAUCCCGGAAAUUCUCUCAUCCGCAUGAGCUCCGGUGAAAAAUGGAGGCCAAGAGCAAGAAAGCAGGAGCAUCUCGUCUCUGCUUCUUAUGCAACCUGAGACGUCCCGUUCUCAAAAGACCUAAAACCCUUCAACAGAUAUGCAGAGAGUGCUUCUAUGAGGUUUUUGAGGAGGAGAUUCAUCAAGUCAUUGUUCAGAAUCGUUUAUUCAAAUCCGGUGAACGUGUUGCUAUAGGUGCCUCUGGUGGAAAAGAUUCUACAGUUCUGGCAUAUGUGUUAUCAGAACUAAAUAGACGCCACAAUUAUGGGCUAGACCUCUUUCUCUUGUCCAUAGAUGAAGGGAUUACGGGUUAUCGUGAUGAUUCUCUUGAGACUGUUAAACGUAACGAAGUCCAAUAUGGUUUGCCUCUUCAGAUUGUUUCAUACAAAGAUCUGUAUGGAUGGACAAUGGACGAGAUUGUGAAAAUGAUCGGUUUGAAGAACAAUUGCACCUUUUGUGGUGUAUUCCGUCGACAGGCACUUGAUCGAGGAGCUGCCUUAUUGAAAGUAGAUAAGCUAGUCACUGGACAUAAUGCUGAUGAUAUAGCAGAAACCGUUCUCUUGAACAUAUUGCGAGGGGAUAUUGCUAGAUUAAGUCGGUGCACAUCGAUUACUACUGGUGAAGAUGGUCCUAUUCCAAGAUGUAAACCUUUCAAGUAUACCUAUACGUAUGCUUAUUUCAAGAAGCUGGAUUACUUCUCCACCGAAUGCAUAUACUCUCCUAAUGCAUAUCGUGGGUUUGCCCGUGAGUUCAUCAAAGAUUUGGAGAGAAUAAGGCCAAGGGCGAUUCUAGACAUCAUAAAAUCUGGUGAAGAUUUUAGAAUUGCAACAACCACAAAGAUGCCUGAGCAAGGGACGUGUGAGCGAUGCGGGUAUAUUUCUAGCCAGAAAUGGUGCAAAGCUUGUGUUUUGUUGGAAGGACUGAACCGUGGUUUGCCUAAGAUGGGUAUUGGAAGACCGCGUGGCGUAAAUAGCGACCAUAACAAGGAAACAAAGAAGCCUGGAUCUGUUGCAAAAUCUAUAGAGAGCAAACAAUGUGGAUCUCUGGAUUUCUAAAAUUUUGAGAAAAAAAGCUAUGAAACUCAC